AUGCCCAAUGAAUGCUCCCUCCAGGAUCCGAUGAUUACAGGGCAGCUGAGCAAGCCGCUGCUCUCCCUGCGCAGCAACAUGAGCGCGGCAGAACUCCGGGCGGAUGACAAAGCGGCCACCCCAGACAGCGAGCUGAACGACGAGCCCCUGCUCCUGCCCUCCGAGGCCACGGACAGAGAGGGCACUCCCAACAAGCUUUACGGAGCUCGUGACGGCUCGGUCCAUUCUGAUGCCAGCAGCAGUCCGUCAGAGCAGAGUCAGCUGGGCCAGUCUCAUCUAGGAUACCCAAUGGGUCCACAGUCUCUCCUGGUGGCACAGCAGCUGGCGAACGCAGUAGGGGGCGUGAUGUCUGGGGCAGCGCAGGGCAUGAACCAGCCCAUCCUCAUCCCCUUCAACGCAGGUGGACACCUGGGCGGGCAGCAGGGCCUGGUCCUCUCCCUGCCCACCGCCAACAUCCAGAGCCUGGUGGCUGCUGCUGCUGCAGGGGGCAUCAUGACGCUCCCGCUCCAGAACCUGCAAGCUACCUCAUCACUCAACUCCCAACUCCAGCACCUGCAGCAGCUCCAACAGAUGCAGCACCACCACCACCAGCAGCAACAGCAGCAGCAGCAGCAGCAGCAGCAGCAACACCAUCACCAACAGACCCACUCCCAUGCUCAGAAUCAACUGCCAUCCCAGCAUCACAUGACCAACCAGCAGCAGCAGACCUCGGUCCCGUCUCCGGGCUCCACCUGCUCCUCCACCUCUGGACAGCAGCAGCACUCUCCACCACACCGACCCAACCAGUCACCGGCACGCAGCCUCCCUUCUCCCGUCACCCCACCCAUGCCUUUGUCGCUGAAUCCUCUGGCCAGCCAGGCGGCGGUAGCAGCAGCGGCAGCAGCAGCCAUGGGUUCAAUCGCUGGUUCUCAGGUGUUUGGCAACGCCCUGUCAAACCUGCAGGGAGCCACCGGGCAGCUGGUCACCAACGCACAAGGACAGAUAAUUGGAACAAUCCCACUGAUGCCCAACUCUGCAGGGCCCUCCAGCCAAUCAGGGGGUGGCAACCCGGCACUGCAGGUACAGCCAAUUACACCUCAGCUUCUGACCAACGCUCAAGGCCAGAUCAUCGCCACAGUGAUCGGCAAUCAGAUUCUGCCUGUCAUCAACACCCAGGGAAUCACACUGUCACCAAUCAAGCCUGGACAGCAGCUGCCUCAGGCUCAGCAGAGUCAGACCGGCCCUUUAUCGUCUCAGCCCAACCUGCUCCACAUGCCCCACAGACAGAGUCCUCUCCACCAGGCCUCUUCCUCCUCCUCCACCUCCUCCUCUUCCUCGGCUCUCAGCGUGGGGCAGCUAGUCAGCAACCCACAGACCGCCCCCAGCGAGGUGGACGGGGUCAACCUGGAGGAGAUUCGUGAAUUCGCCAAAGCAUUCAAGAUCCGCCGGCUGUCGCUGGGCCUGACGCAGACCCAGGUGGGCCAGGCGCUCAGCGCCGCCGAGGGGCCGGCGUACAGUCAGUCCGCCAUCUGCAGACACACCAUCCUGAGAAGCCACUUUUUCCUACCACAGGAAGCCCAAGAGAACACUAUAGGUAGCAGUCUGACAGGCAAACUGAACCCUGGCCUUUUAUAUCCUGCCAGGUUUGAGAAGUUGGACAUCACCCCUAAAAGCGCCCAGAAGAUUAAGCCCGUUCUGGAGCGCUGGAUGGCCGAGGCUGAAGCCCGCCACAGAUCCGGCAUGCAGAACCUGACUGAGUUUAUCGGAAGCGAGCCUUCAAAAAAACGCAAGCGGAGGACCUCUUUCACCCCGCAGGCGCUCGAGAUCCUCAACAGCCACUUUGAGAAGAACACGCACCCCUCCGGACAGGAAAUGACGGAAAUAGCCGAGAAGCUGAACUAUGAUCGGGAGGUUGUGCGCGUCUGGUUCUGCAACAAGAGACAAGCGUUGAAAAACACAAUAAAGCGUUUGAAAUCGCCCGAACUCGGCGAGGCCGCACCAAUGGACCCGCUCACCGAUUCUCUAGAGGAGCUCCCGAAGUGA